AUGCUGCGUUUUCUGAUCUUGCUGGGAACCGGAGUUCUCCUGGGGAUAUAUAUCCUGGGCACCCAGGCGGAUUGCAAUGUUUGUGCAUCCACUACCAACGUGGCCUGCAUAUCGAAUACCUCGUUUCAGUACUGCGACAGUAGCGCAUUGCCCUUUGGUCCAGUUUAUUCGUGUCCCACGGGAUACUAUUGCACGGCGAAUGACGUGACCUGUGACCCAAAUGUCAACCUUCGAUCCUGUAUUGGAUGUGGAACCUGCAACAGUAACAACACCUUCGCUUGCAUCACCGCCAGAAUUUAUGCAUUGUGUUUGGGGACAACUACUCCUUCUCAGAUCCUCGGAAGCUGUGGUGUGAAUUAUGUGUGUGAUUUCAAUAACCCCAACAUUUGUGGUAGUCCUUCGGCGGGAUCUCAGGCCACUUGUCCUGGUGACACAGGAACUGGAGAUGCAACUGGGGUAUCACCCACUACCUAUUGUGCCACCGUUCAGCAACACGGAAGGUUUCCCUAUGGCACCGAUCUAAACACCACCUGCAGGCAGUACAUCUAUUGUUUCCUGAAUGCAACUUACUGGAGAGGAGGUCUUUAUGAUUGUCCUGGUCAAACAUACUUCAACAGCUCAUCAAGAUAUUGUGACACAGAAGUGCCUGCAAGGUGCACUUACGGAGUCGCUACUUUAAGCCUCAUCAUUACUUAA